GAGGGGGAGUCUGCAGGGUCCAAAAUACACAGGAGCUCAGCAGACCUGCGCAACUUUCUAACAAGCACAGUUUGGGGUUUAUUUAUUUAUUAUUUUUUUGUUUUUGUUUUUUUUUUUUUCUACUUUUGACUUGAGUCCAGUCGCUGCAAAGAUGACCACAGCCGUGGUGCCGCCUUUCUUCGACUUCGAAGUUAUGAACAAGAACCACAAACUGCUCAACUACAACAACAACCUGGGUGCCCCCCAUCCCAUGUCUGUCCCUUGCACUGGCACCAACGUGCCCAUCUCCAGCCCCGCCGGAGCCCUGCUGGACAGGAAGGCGGUGGGGUCUCCGUCGGUGGGAGGCGUGUACCAGCGGCGGCACUCUGUCAGCAGCACCAAGUUCAGCCAGAACCAGUUCCUGAACACCCUGAAGCCAGCGGACCACUCCUCACUCAUCUCAGGGGUUGGCAAUGCCAGCAGCAACAAGGAGAACCGCCUGCGGGACCGCUCCUUCUCCGAGACGGGCGAGAGGCCCAUCAACAAGUGCCUGGGCCCCGCCAGUCCCACCGGCGGCCUGGGCCAAGUGAACUCCAGCCGUUACAAGACGGAGCUUUGCAGGCCCUUCGAGGAGAACGGCUCCUGCAAGUAUGGCGACAAGUGCCAGUUUGCUCACGGGAUCCACGAACUGCGCAGCCUGAGCCGCCAUCCCAAAUACAAAACCGAGCUGUGCCGCACCUUCCACACCAUCGGCUUCUGCCCGUACGGGCCCCGGUGCCACUUCAUCCACAACGCCGAGGAGCGCCGCGGGCCUCCGCAGCAGUCCUCCGCCCUCAGCUCGUCCAGCAAGAUGGAGAGGCCCCGCCUGCAGCACAGCUACAGCUUCGCGGGCUUCUCCAGCUCGGCCGGGCUGAGAGACAGCCCCACCUCGGUCACCCCCCCGCCGAUGUUCUUCCCCGACGAGGUGCCGGACUGGCCCAGCAGUAACCCUUUCACCUACUCCAGCCAGGAGCUGGCCAACCUUUUCGGGCCGAGCAUCAGUACUGGUCCUGUAGGCACAGAGCCCAACACCCCCGCACCGCCUUCUCCAACAGGCACGCCUUACUAUUUCAGACCCAUGUUGGAGUCCCCCCAGAUGUUCGAGUCUCCAUCCAGCCCCCCAGACUCUCUGUCAGACCAAGAGGGCUACCAGAGCAGCUCCGGUAGCAGCUUGAGUGGCUCGGAGUCCCCGACGCUGGACACCACCCGCCGCCUCCCCAUCUUCAGCCGCCUUUCCAUCUCUGAUGACUAGACUGCAUGCACCCCCGCCCCCCCCCCCCAGUGACUUUAAGUUUGAUGACACAAAGAGAACAUGGCACUCCCCGCUACCUCUGCCACCCCCCCCCCCCCCCCCCCCCUGUUUUCUGCAGCUUCCCUGUCCGCCCUCGCGCCAGACCUGACGGUAAUUCCUCGGUAGCAUUGUAAGGAUGUAAUCAAUUAAGGGAAACUUCCUGAGUCAAAUUCUCUCUUCAUCCUGGUUAAUCCACACAUCCAAGUUUUAAAACGCGCCCUGCCAUGUGUCAUAGUGCCAAAAAAAAAAAAAAAAAGGAGAGGAAAUUGAACAAUGAAAAUCACAAGAACAAGAAAUUGACUGUUUUGCCAGGUGCCACUUGUUUUUUUUUUUUUUCUUCAUUUGUUCUUGAAUGUGUAGCAACACAAGUGGCCUUGGAAAGGGGAGUGCGUUGCACUAGCCCCCCCCUCACAUGCCCUCCUCCCCCCCCUCUCGACGAUACCACUUCCCCCUCCCCUCCCGGAGCUAGCUAGAGGGUGCUCACUAAUGUAACUGUAGCUCGACCGCAGAUGUUUUUACAGACUGAGUUAAGACAAAAGGAGAGAGAGAAAAAAAAAACAGACCCUGAAAAUAUAUGAAUAGUUUUUAAAAAAGAAAAAAAGUGCCUGGGGCGGUUUCUGCAUGUGUUUAGGGUGAAUGGACUACUGUUUUGUUUUUUUGUCAUGGUUCUUCUCAAAGCCCCGUCUUAUGUAAUUGUGAACUGGGUGAGUCUGCAGGAAGGACUUUGAACUGGAAGUUGGUUUUGUCCCCUCCUCCUCCUCCUCCUGAGUUUUCUCCUCCUGUUGCUGGUCACUGGCUCUUCUUUUUUGGGAAGGAAAUCUCGAUAUCUAACUGAUCAUUAAACCUGUAAGAUUCUGUCCUGCCUCCCCCACCCGUCUCCCACCCCCGCCUUGAUCCUCGCCGAUCUGGGGAUUUCCAUCAUUCCCAUGGUGCAGUUGUUCGUCCUACGACUUGACGAGAUCGGAUCUCCAAGCUAUUUUACUUUACUUCUCCCCCCUCUUUAGAAGCUGCUCCGAGGAGCACUCUGUACUCAUUACAUCCCUUCUUUUUUUUUUUUGCUUUCUUCAUUUGAUAAUUAUUUUUUAUUAAUGUUAUUAUUACGGUUAUUAUUAUUUGAGAAACUUUCCAGACAGAAGGUUUGCGUGUCACUGCUUAUUUAACUUAUCAGAACAUAUUUAUUGGUGAUCAUAUGCAUUUUUUGUUAAUUUUGUUUUUGUAUUUAUCUGGAUAAUGAACAAUAGAAUAUAUUUUCUUUUAUGUUAAAUUAUGAUCUUCCAUAUUAAUCUAAAGAUUGUGAAGACGUUUUUGUCAGUUUUCCUUUUUUCACAGUUUAAUAUAUUGUACUUCAAUGACUUUUGUUCUGCAACUACACUUUGUCAAAAUGAAACUUAAUUUAAAGCAAAAAAUGCAAAAAAAAAAAAGUUUUGCGUUUUGAUUAUUUAUUGUACUUUUUUCUUACUCCCUCUUAUUGGACUGCAAUGCCAUCUGAUCUAUUCGUUCCUGAUGUUUCCCUCUCCACAGUACAAUAAUCUGACAGUAACAGUAGCUAACUGUUAUUACAUUCAGUAGUGUUUAUUUUUUUUUUCUCGGAUCUCUGAAGAGAAGCAUUUUCACUGUACAUGGGUUUGAUGGUAGUUGUAAAAGGGUUGUUUAAGUU